AUGGCCUUCGUCGCCGCUAUGUUGGUGGCAUUUUUUGGUUUUUUUCGGAAGGCUAACGUGUGCCCGGCCCAGGAGGGCUCCAACCCGGUCACAGAUCAGUCCCCAUGUGGCGCCUCCCCGGCGCAGAUCAAAGAACAGGGGGAUUGGAAAUCCUCCGCUUAUCUCCUCUACCUCGAGUUCGACGACCCUGCGCGGGCGCGGGUCGCCGCGCUUAUGGCCUCUUCUAUUCUGCUGUCGACUUGGCGGUCCCCCGAUCACCCUUUCCCCCAGCGUCAUCCCCCGGCCUGA